AUGUUCGCUAGCUCGCCUUGUAACGUCCGCCGGUUCCGGAAGGCCUUCAACCUCGCUCCAUUCCAGGCCCUCGUGGGCGACGAUCGGCGGGCCCACGGUAUGGAUGUCGACAUCCCCUCCACGCCGAGCACACCAAAGGCAUCUGUCCGCACAUCCGACGUCGCGAAUGAAAGCAUGCCUGGCCCCUCCGUCGGUGGUCGCGAGAAGCUCAUGGCACAGAGGCGAAGGCGGGGAGUGGUGGAGCCUCAUACACCCGAGCGCAAGCGGGGUGCUCUCCAGCCUCCUUCCGCCCCGAGGAAGAGGCGCUUGCCGAAGGGCACUCUGUGGGACCUUCCUGAUUUCAAGGUGUGUUCCUUGACCGCUACGCAUCCUACCGCUCUCACGCUGUGCAUCAACGCCUUCUUCACGUCGGUCACGCCAAAGCCGACUGUCCGCAAGUUCGACCUUAUGGACGCCGCCGCCGCCAGCCCCAACGUCGACGACUCUGAAGAACCCAUGACCAAGAGGCGACGAUGGGGAGCGGGAGAACCUUGCACGCCCAAGCUCAAGUCGCUCGUCGUCCAGACUCCUCCUGCCCCGAAGAAGCGCGUUCGGCAUCAAGGUCCUGCGGUCAAGCAACGCAAGCAGUUCAUUGCCGCCACCAAGGAUAGGAUCAUCAUUGAUAGUCCCUACGCGGCGGCCGCGUUCCCUUUUUCCUUCGCUUUCCCGACUGCACUUGUUGGCGUCGCCGAUCAGGAGCCCAACCUUGGUUCGCUGCCUUCGCCCAUGGAGGUUGACGCGCCCCAGGCCCCCGCCGUCGUUGAAGCCCUCGAGUCCUCACCGUCUGUUGUCAUGCAAGACGUUCUGCCCAGCAUCGACCAGCUCAUCCCGCGCUUCAUCCGGAAGAGCGUCGCGAGGCGUCAACGCCGUCUCCAAGUCAAAGCUUACGGUCCCCGUCCUCAGCGCCAGGCUCUCCCGCGCGACGCCCCUUCCGUCGCCUACGACAAGGCCAAGAGGCCUCACGUCCAUCGCGUCCCAGCGCGCGAGGCUGAAAAGCCCACGGUCCUGGAGCAACAGCAGUUCUAUGAGGCUAUGGCUUCUCUCAAGGCGAAUCUGAACCUCACGGAGACCGCUCAAGACGAUGCGAUGGACAACAUGGAGCUCGACCAUGAGGUGGAGAUCAUGGACGACGAGUACAUGGCUGUCGACGACGAGGACGUGGAGAUGGCGAGCACGGACCAGACCACGGACGCAGAUGACGAUGUUCAACCAAUGGAGGACCAGCGCCAAGAUAUUUCUGCGUCUCUUCCGUACGCCGAGGUGUACCGCAACUGUACAGAAGGCCGGACCCCAGCAGUGCCCCUGCCGCCGGCCCCUACGCUUCCUUCCCCGACCGUCAUCGAGACCGUCAUGGACGUUAAGUCGCCGCAGGCUACCGUCGCGGUUGAACAGCCGCGGACCACCGUUGUCGAUGAAGAGUUGCAGAGCAUGAUCGUCUUCAAGGAACCGCAAGCCGUACUCAUCGGUGUGGAAGAGUCCAAGGCCUUGCCGGAGACCAAGUCGUCAACGAUAUCUCUGCCGCCUUCGCUGGUCCUCCAUACCCAAGGAAUCCUUUCCCUGGAGUAG